AUGCCCAUUCACAAUCUAGUAUGGGAGCUCGUGUCUCACAUUGCUCAGGAACUUGACGCGCAGCACUUAUUCAACUUUUCUCUAUCGUGUCGAACCCUGCAACGGCUCAUUUGGGACGACCAUAUAUGCGCAAUGUUUUUAGAAGGAGUCGAGGAAUUUGGGUCGUUCCGGAGUCUGACACUGACAGAAUUUACAUGGAAGUCGACCGCCCCGUUUGCACCAGAGACCAAGGCGGCUCAUAAAAGCAAAAAUUAUGCUAAAGCAUUACGGCUAAUUGUGAAGCGUCGAACCGCGAUUUUGUCUGCAUCUUCGUACCUGGCCGCGGUCGUUGCCGAAGCAGAAUCCUUCCUUUAUUCAAAUGGAGUUCUUUGCUACCUCAGCAACGGGUUACUAAAAAUACGUGAUCUGCACAACUCGGCACUUGAAGACACUGUUAGCAUCGGAAAGCUCCUGGAAGUAGAAGACCACCUUUCUGGGACCAUCAAGGAUGAACACUUUAAACUGCGCAUCUUGAACUACGCGGAUGGCUUCGUUUCUUGUUAUCUCAACCCCGGAAAUCGAUCAUUCCCCCGGCUUCUAGUCAUCAGCCUUUCCCACGGCCGCUUGUUCAGUCAUACACUUGCAUCCUCGCGGAAAAUCUUCGUACGAAAUGACGAUAAAUACCUUUAUUAUGGUACUCAUAGUGCCAUCGCAAGGGAUGGAAGUCAGCGCUGGGUACUUCAGGGCUGUAAUCUCCUGAAUGGUACUUGGCAAAACGAUUUGACACAUCUUUCUGACAGAAUUGGCUCCGAUAUUGGCGCCAACAUCUGCUUCGAGAUCAUUGACGGCUACUUUUACGCCCUGGGAAGUCAGAGAAACUCUCUCUAUAACUCCUAUAUUUGCGUCCGAUUUCGCAUUGAUCAGUCUUAA